AGACAGAACAGUUUGACAGCUGAUUUCUCGUUUUUCAUGAGGCAUCAUUUUGUGAAAGUCAUCGUCGUGUGUUGAAGCGAAUAAUUUGCAAAAUUUAGGUUUAUCUUGAUUCAUAACGAAUUUGUGCGCAGAAAUAGUAGGAAAAUGAAAUUGAAAAUCACUUCCGCCGCCGGCGUUAUCUGUCUGUUGGACGAACCGAUUCAGGAACUGAAGGUGUUUGCUUUAAAAAAACUGGACAAUAUCGUAGACGAGUUCUGGCCGGAAAUUUCGGAAGCCGUGGAAAAAAUUGAGAUUCUUCAUGAGGACAAAGGUUUCGCGCAGCACGAUCUGGCUGCUCUGGUUGCUUCCAAGGUGUACUAUCAUCUGGGAUCGUUCGAGGAUUCACUGACCUAUGCACUAGGCGCGGGGGAUCUUUUUGAUGUGAAUGCCCGCAACGAGUACGUGGAUACGAUCAUUGCCAAGUGUAUAGACCACUACACGCAGUUGAGAGUGCAGUUGGCUGAAAACUCGGCCAAAGCUAAACCAAUCGAUGCUCGACUGGAGGCAAUCGUAAAUCGAAUGAUUCAACGUUGUCUGGACGAUGGUCAGUACCGACAAGCGCUGGGAAUCGCUCUUGAAACUCGACGUAUGGACGUGGUGGAAUCUUCGAUCAUGAAAGCUGAUGAUAUACCCGGAAUGCUGGCAUAUGCUUUUCAGGUGACCAUGAGUUUGAUCCAGAACCGUGCGUUCCGCAACACUGUUCUACGAUGCUUGGUUGGCCUGUAUCGCAAUCUAGGUGUACCCGAUUACGUCAACAUUUGCCAGUGCUUGAUUUUCCUGGAAGAUCCAUUGUCGGUGGCGGAAUUGCUUGACAAUUUGACGAAGGGUGGCGAACAUCUAGUUUUAAUGGCGUAUCAAAUUGCUUUCGAUUUGUACGAAUCUGCUACCCAGCAAUUUUUGGGACAAGUUCUACAAGCUUUGAAGGCUACGGCACCGGUACCGUCGGCUUUGAUUUCGAAUCUGAAACCGCAGGGAACCACAGCGGCUGCUCAGCCAGAGGUUAAGCAAGAACCCAAAGAGAGCGAAGAUGGAGAUGUGAAAGUCGAGCGUACUGUCGAAAGUUUGAACGAAGCGGAAAAAACUCACCAGACUAACAUUGAAAAACUGGCGAGCAUAUUGUCGGGAGAAGUGUCGAUCGAUCUGCAACUGCAGUUUUUGAUUCGAAGCAACCACGCGGAUUUGCAGAUUCUGAGAGCAACCAAGGAAGCGGUGCGGGUGUCAAUUUGUCACACUGCAACCGUUAUAGCGAAUGCUUUCAUGCAUAGUGGAACCACUAGCGAUCAGUUCCUGCGAGAUAAUUUGGAAUGGCUGGCUCGAGCUACCAACUGGGCAAAGCUAACGGCUACAGCUUCGCUAGGAGUUAUUCAUCGUGGUCACGAAACUGAAUCGUUGGCUCUUAUGCAGAGCUACUUACCGAAAGAAAGCGGUCCCAGCUCCGGUUACUCCGAGGGAGGUGGCCUCUAUGCGCUGGGCCUCAUCCAUGCUAAUCAUGGAGCAAAUAUUAUUGACUAUCUUCUGCAGCAACUCAAGGAUGCUCAGAAUGAAAAUGUGCGUCACGGAGGUUGUCUUGGUCUGGGAUUGGCCGCUAUGGGUACACAUCGACAGGACGUUUAUGAGCAGCUGAAAUUUAAUCUGUAUCAAGAUGACGCAGUGACCGGAGAAGCUGCUGGUAUUGCGAUGGGUAUGGUUAUGCUAGGCUCUAAGCAUGCUCCAGCGAUUGAAGAUAUGGUGGCUUAUGCUCAGGAAACUCAACACGAGAAGAUUCUACGUGGGUUGGCCGUCGGCAUUUCCCUUACGAUGUAUGCUCGCUUAGAGGAGUCCGAUUCAUUGGUUACAAGCUUGUCCAACGACAAGGAUCCUGUUCUGCGUCGCAGUGGUAUGUAUACCAUCGCUAUGGCUUACUGCGGAACUGGAAAUAAUCAAGCUAUUAGAAAGCUGCUGCACGUUGCUGUCAGCGAUGUCAAUGAUGACGUUCGUCGUGCAGCCGUCACUGCCAUUGGGUUCAUCCUGUUCCGAACACCGGAACAGUGUCCUUCGGUUGUGUCACUGUUGGCUGAAUCCUACAAUCCUCACGUUCGAUACGGAGCGGCAAUGGCUCUUGGAAUUGCAUGUGCCGGAACGGGUUUACGCGAAGCAAUUGCACUUCUGGAACCGAUGGCAAAGUUUGAUCCGGUUAACUUUGUUCGUCAAGGUGCUCUGAUUGCAUCGGCCAUGAUUCUUAUUCAGCAAACCGAUCAAACUUGUCCAAAAGUGACAUUCUUUCGACAGCUGUACACUCAGGUUAUCACCAACAAGCAUGAAGACGUUAUGGCCAAGUAUGGUGCGAUUCUGGCACAGGGUAUCAUCGAUGCUGGUGGCCGCAAUGUCACCGUCAGUUUGCAAUCCCGUACCGGUCAUACCAAUCUACAGGCGGUCGUAGGAAUGUUGGUGUUCACCCAGUACUGGUACUGGUUCCCAUUAGCUCACUGUUUAUCAUUGGCCUUCACGCCGACCAGUCUGAUUGCUUUGAAUUCUGACCUAAAAAUGCCGAAAGUUGAUUUGAAGUCAGCUGCGCGUCCUUCGUUGUACAGCUACCCGGCACCAUUGGAGGAGAAAAAACGCGAGGAACGCGAUAAAGUGGCUACCGCUGUUUUGUCGUUGACUGCCAGAGCAAAACGUCGCACCGGUGAUAAGAAGAAGGAAAAUAAGGAAGGUGAAUCUAAGAUGGAAGUGGAUGAGGAAGCUCCUGCAAAGGAUGAUCUUUCAGCCACCGUCAAAGCUAAGGAAGAAGCAAAGACCACUCCUGUUAAGGAAGACAAAAAAGAUAAGAAGGAGAAACCGAAGGAUGGAUCGGCACCAUCACCGGCAGCGGCCGGUGCCGGAGAAGAUUCUUCAUCCGGUACGUCAGCUGCUGCUACAGCGGCAAAAACUCCGAAAGAACCGGAACCGAGUUUCGAGAUACUGCAUAAUCCAGCUCGCGUAAUGCGUCAACAGUUGAAAGUGGUUAGCAUUGCCGAGGGGACUUCGUAUGUGCCACUGAAGGAUGUUACCAUCGGGGGUAUCGUCAUGAUGCAGCAUAAUGCCACCGGAGAACAGUUGCUGGUGGAACGUGUCACUGCCUACGGGCCGAAGAACGACGACCUGAAGGAGCCGGAAGCACCGGAACCGUUCGAAUACAUUGAGGAUUAAAUGUUUCGUUGUUCGAUUUGGGCAAUGCAUAUUAUACAAUAUAUUGUAGCCUUACACUUAUAAGGAGUUCAAUUUUGUCUAUUGUAGUAUCAAAAAUGCGAGAAUAAAAUAAAUCAAAAAUUAA